GGCAGCAGUGGGUGGUUUGCUUCCUCCCGGCCGCCGCGUCGGGCUUGCGGGAAGCUUGGUCCAGCCUUCCGUGUCGGUGCUGGACUCUGAGUCUCCGGCGAGUCGCCCACAGGCCGCCGCCAGCAUGUCGGGCGUGCGAGCCGUGCGCAUCAGCAUCGAGUCGGCCUGCGAGAAGCAGGUGCAGGAGGUGGGCCUUGAUGGCACCGAGACGUACCUGCAGCCGCUGUCUAUGUCCCAGAACCUGGCGCGCCUGGCGCAGCGCAUCGACUUCAGCCAGGGCUCCGGCUCGGAGGAGGAGGAGGCGGCGGGGCCUGACGGCGAUGCGCCGGACUGGGGGGGCGCGGGAGCGGACCAGGACGACGAGGAGGGGUUGGUAAAAUUCCAACCUUCUUUGUGGCCUUGGGACUCUGUGAGGAACAAUUUGCGAAGUGCCCUUACAGAGAUGUGUGUUCUCUAUGAUGUCCUCAGUAUUGUCAGGGACAAAAAGUUCAUGACUCUGGACCCUGUCUCUCAGGAUGCGCUUCCUCCCAAACAGAGUCCACAAACGCUGCAGCUGAUCUCCAAGAAGAAGUCCCUCGCUGGAGCAGCUCAAAUCCUACUGAAGGGGGCAGAAAGACUGACCAAGUCAGUGGCUGAGAACCAGGAAAACAAGCUCCAGCGGGACUUCAAUUCUGAGCUCCUGAGACUCCGGCAGCACUGGAAGCUGAGGAAGGUGGGCGACAAGAUCCUGGGCGACCUGAGCUACAGAAGUGCAGGUUCUCUCUUUCCUCAUCAUGGUACCUUUGAAGUGAUAAAGAAUACAGACAUUGACUUGGAUAAGAAGAUACCAGAAGAUUACUGUCCUCUAGAUGUCCAAAUUCCUAGUGAUUUAGAGGGGUCUGCAUAUAUCAAGGUUUCUAUUCAGAAACAGGCUCCAGACAUUGGUGAUCUUGGCACAGUUAACCUUUUUAAGAGACCUUUGCCCAAAUCCAAGCCAGGUUCCCCACACUGGCAGACAAAAUUAGAAGCAGCACAAAAUGUUCUUCUUUGUAAGGAAAUUUUUGCACAGCUCUCCCGGGAAGCCGUUCAAAUUAAGUCUCAGAUCCCUCACAUUGUGGUGAAAAACCAGAUCAUCUCUCAGCCCUUUCCAAGCUUGCAGUUGUCCAUUUCUCUGUGCCACUCCUCAGAUGAUAAGAAGUCGCAGAAGUGUGCCACAGAGAAGCCUGGGCAGGAGGAUCACCUCUACGUCCUGGAGCACAACUUGCACCUGCUGAUCAGAGAGUUUCAUAAACAGACCUUGAGUUCCAUUGUGAUGCCACACCCAGCAAGUGCUCCCUUUGGCCAUAAGAGGAUGAGACUCUCAGGUCCUCAAGCUUUUGAUAAAAAUGAAAUUAAUUCAAUACAGUCCACAGAAGGACUCCUAGAAAAAAUAAUUAAACAGGCAAAGCAUAUUUUUCUAAGGAGCAGGACUGCUGCAACCAUUGACAGCUUGGCAAGUCGCAUUGAGGACCCCCAGAUCCAGGCCCACUGGUCAAACAUCAAUGAUGUGUAUGAGUCUAGUGUAAAAGUUUUGAUCACAUCUCAGGGUUAUGAACAGAUCUGCAAGUCCAUCCAGCUGCAGUUAAACAUUGGUGUUGAGCAGGUCCGUGUUGUGCACAGAGAUGGACGGGUAAUCAUGUUGUCUCAUCAGGAGCAGGAGCUACAGGACUUCCUUCUGUCUCAGAUGUCACAGCACCAGGUGCAUGCGGUUCAGCAGCUUGCCAAGGUUAUGGGCUGGCAGGUCCUCAGCUUCAGUAAUCAUGUGGGACUUGGGCCCAUAGAGAGCAUUGGCAAUGCUUCCGCCAUCACAGUGGCCUCGCCAAGUGGAGACUAUGCUAUUUCAGUUCGUAACGGACCUGAGAGUGGCAGCAAGAUUAUGGUUCAGUUUCCCCGUAACCAGUGCAAAGACCUUCCCAAGAGUGAUGUUUUACAAGACAGCAAGUGGAGUCAUCUCCGAGGACCAUUCAAGGAGGUCCAAUGGAACAAGAUGGAAGGCCGAAACUUCGUUUAUAAAAUGGAGCUGCUUAUGUCUGCCCUGAGCCCCUGUCUGCUGUGAUUUUCUCCAGAACAAGUUCCAGAAAUCCUGACUUGGGUGUUUGCAGAUCAGUUAUAAGCACAAGGGAGAGAUGUCUUCCAUAUAAGUACCGAGCGCAGACUCGUGUGCACUGGUGCUCCAGUCUUUCACGGGAGCCCUGUUUAAAAGUUAUGUUUACUUUGCAGCUUGAAUUCUCUCACUUUAUAAGUGACGAGUACUUUGGAAUGAAAAAUGUAUGUACAGUUAGAGUAUGCGGUAUGAGGAGAUGUAAAAUAGUACAUUUUUUAUACAGCUAACCUGAAAAUAUUACUAACUUAAGGGCUUGAAUUUGCUUUUUUUAAAAUUCCAUCUUUAAUGUUAACAUAAACUUUGUGUUUAAAAAAUCUCCAAGUAUUUUGUGAAUUUCUCAUAACCCAUAUGAGCUGUGUCUCAAAUCAGCUGCUCCUGCUGUUUCUUUAAAAAUCACUCAAGAACAUCUUAGAACACAGAUUCACUGAGCACACUAGGCCCUGUUGCUGAAGUUCACCAAGGUCACGCACAGUAGGCUUCCCUAGUACGUGGGGCUUUUGGGGUGUUGGGGAUGGGAAGUGCCUCUGUAGCCAUCUUCCUCACCUGGGUCUUCAUGAACAGGUCAAAAAGCAGAGGGAACCAAAAAACGUACCAUGAUACAGUCUCUGUUUGUCUUUGGCUGUAUAGAAACGUCCAUAGGGCUGACUGCAUGCCACUUGAAAUUUGACAAGUUGAGAUAUAAAGGAGAUGUGCCAAGUGUGACAACUCACGCCUCUAAUCCUAGGACUAAGGGUUGAAGACAGGAAGAUCAAGAGUUCAAGUUCAGCCUGAUCUGCAAGAGUUCCAGGCUAUUUGGGGCUAUAUAGGAAAAACCUUGUUUCAAAGUUUUGUUUUUGUUUUUUUGUUUUGUUUUGUUUUGUUUUUAAAGCAUUGUAUGAAUACUCAUGCUGUGGAUUGUGUUUGCAAGGGGGAUGUACUUUCCAGAGUACAAUUUAAUAGGGCAAACAUGAAGUGAGGCAAUGCUGACACACAUGAGGAAAAGCAGGCAGGUCAUGUGGAUAAUGGAGUCCAUGGGCUGAGGUGGAGCCCAGUGGGAGGGUGCUUGCCUAGCAUGCAUGAGCGCCCAGAUUCAAGCUCCAGACUCAGAGGAAGGAAAGGGCGUUGGGGAUGAUGGUUGGAAUGUGUCCUGUAAUGUAUGUGUGUCUAGAAAGAUACUGUGCACUCUGAAAAGGGGGGUUGAGGAGAGGGAGCUUGCACUGUAGUGGGGACUUGUGUAUCUUGACUUUUCAAGCAUAUUUUUGCAAUUAGGGAUUCUUGAAAGGCAAGAGAAAUCAGGACUCCAGCUGUCCUUAAGGAUUGGCAGCUGAGAUGGUCACAUGCAGAAUCACAUAUAUUGACAAUCCACCGCUCUUCUGAGUGAAACUUGAUGUAGUUGUGGUAACAGUAGUUUCUCAGUUAAUUCUAGAGGCGUCUGAUGUCAGGAAACAGCAUAAUAAGCCAAUUCUGAUACACGACAGCUGGAGGAAUGAGCCUUCGCUGCCCUGGUAUCACUCAAGGCAACUGCAUCUGAGACAUGUUCCUGAAGGUCAGCUGUGACACUUUGAAUGUAAUUGACCCCCAUUGACCCUUAGGGAGUGGCACUAUUAGGAGGUAUGGCCUUGCUGGAGGAAGUGAGUCACUGUGGGGGUGGGCUUUGAGGUCUCAUAUGCACCCCCUGUGGUACACAAUUUCUCCCUGCUGCCUUGCGAAUCAAGACGUAGAACUUCAUGUCCAGCAUGUCUGCCUGGAUGCGGCCAUGUUAUCUGCCAUGAUGAUAAUGGACUAAACCUCUGAAACUGUAAGCCAGCCCCAAUUAGAUGUUUUGCUUUGUAGGAGUUGCUCUGGUCAUGGUGUCUCCUCACAGCAAUAAAAUCCUAAAACUCA